CAAAGCUUCAAUUCUUUCCUCUUUCCUUUUCAUCCACCAACACCACCGUCUUCCUUCCUUUUCUCUCUCUUCUCUUCCGUUCGUGGCAGUUGACCCUCUACUUCGGAUAAUAUGUUUUCUCGAACAUUGAGAACGAGCCACGUGGCUGCGCCUCUGCGCAACAAUGCCUUUUCCCGAACCACUCUGGUCAAGAGAACCGUCACCACUGAUGCCGCGACUGCGCACGCAGAGGCUGUCCCAGCGGUAAGAAUGAAUGAGGGAGACAUCAAUUGGCGAUGGGAAGCAUGGCUAAUCUACCCAAAUAGGAAGACACAAAGCCAUUCCAGGUUACCCUUUCAGACGAAUCUUUCGAGACCUACGAACUCGAUCCCCCACCAUAUACCCUCAACACCACCAAGAAGGAAUUGAAGCAGAUAUACCAUGAUAUGGUUUCAGUGAGGUGAGCAGGGUCUCUGACACGAAGGACGACCAGAACUGAUGGGAAUUAUAGACGUAUGGAGAUGGCCGCCGAUCGUUUGUACAAGGAGAAGAAGAUUAGAGGUUUCUGUCAUCUUUCCACCGGACAAGAAGCUGUCGCCGUCGGCAUCGAGCACUCCCUCACCAAAGAAGAUGAUGUCAUCACUGCGUACCGUUGUCACGGUUUUGCUCUGAUGCGUGGAGGUACCGUCAAGUCAAUUGUUGGGGAAUUACUUGGUCGCCGAGAGGGUAUCGCAUACGGAAAGGGAGGAUCCAUGCACAUGUUCGCCAAGGGUUUCUAUGGUGGAAAUGGUAUUGUCGGAGCUCAAGUUCCAGUCGGUGCUGGUCUUGCUUUCGCUCAUAAAUACAAGGGCAACAACAAUGUUACUGUUGCUUUGUAUGGUGACGGAGCUUCCAACCAAGGUCAAGUUUUCGAGGCCUUCAACAUGGCAAAGUUAUGGAAUCUUCCAGUCUUGUUUGGAUGUGAAAGUGUGUUUUACAACAAUAUCCCACCAAGACUGUUCAUUCGCUAAUAACAUACACCAGACAACAAAUACGGAAUGGGUACAGCAGCCAACCGAUCAUCCGCUCUUACCGAUUACUACAAGCGUGGUCAAUACAUGCCUGGACUCAAGGUCAACGGAAUGGAUGUUCUUGCUGUAAAGGCAGCAGUUCAACACGGAAAGGAGUACACCACAGCCGGUAACGGACCUCUUGUUCUCGAAUAUGUCACCUACAGAUACGGAGGACACUCAAUGUCUGAUCCCGGAACCACUUACCGAACUCGUGAGGAGAUCCAACGUAUGAGAUCAACCCAAGAUCCUAUUGCAGGCUUGAAGCAGAAGUUGUUGGAAUGGAACGUUACCACGGAGGAGGAGCUCAAGCGAAUUGACAAAGAUGCCCGAGCUGCAGUUGAUGCCGAGGUUGCGGAGGCAGAGGCCAUGCCACCACCAGAUGCCACCCCACAAAAUCUCUACGAGGAUAUCUACGUUAGAGGAAGUGAACUACCAUUUAUGAGAGGACGAACACUUGAGGAGAACUACUACUACUAGAUGUGGUAAUCUAAUUCCUGGGGGUUCGAGCAUAGUAUGGCAUGAGAAUGAGCUUGUUUUGAUGAAAGGGUAGACCAUGGGUUGCGGGGGGGUGGUGAUCUGUAUACUAUUGGUGGUUAAAGCUUGGGGGCUGAACUCUGAAAGUGCAGAAAUACAAGCAUGCAUGCUCGCUUGAUUUUACGUCUACGUUCAGAAUUUCCAGUAGUGACUUCUUUUUUGUGGAUUACAUAAUACACUUCUUCGUAAUCCCGCUAUCUGGUAUUUAGACACCCACUCUGUAAAUGGCCUACGUAGCUAUCUGAAGUCAUUAGUACAUUACUUGAGUAUGUCAUACUCCUGGUUCACAUACGUAAAUUGGUGGAGAGGUAUUUUCAUACGAUCUUACCUAUAUAUCUCUACUUUAAAAACAGAUCGCCACGUUCACCUAGUCCAGUACCGUCCUACUUCUGAGUUUCUCAUCAUAAGGUGAGAUUUCUCAAGUCGUGAAUCAUUAUAUAAACUCACAAUCAAGGUUAGGGGUUGCUAACUCGUCUUGUUAUGUGCACGUGGAUUUUGGAUGUUUCAUGAUGUUAUGUUAUGUUGUGAUAUUUUGGCUUUGGAAAGCAGUAAAGGGGUUGUUUUGUGG